ACGUUUAGGGAAGGAUCAUAGAGAUAGGAAAGAAAGGACAGGAAUAGCUCCUUUGGGUGUGAACUGCGUUCGCCCUCGCCGCCCCCCAGGUACUUCCUCGGUUGCUCCUUGUCGGUCGAAGCGGCCCGUGCAUUUGUUUCCCUCAAAGGCGCGGCGAUGAGCGAAGAGGUGGAGGCGGCCGGUGAGGGGCUGGGCGAGGGAGAGCAGGAGGACGUCGACGAUGAAGCAGCGAUAGCGGGUCUGGAAGCCCCGGGCUGCUCCGGGGAAAACUCCCGCUUCGAAGCGGGAAGCCGCUCAGAGUCCAGCAACGAAGAGAUGGAGGAGGAGGAGGAAGAGGAAGAGGAAGAAGAGGUGGAGGAAGAAGCAGCAGCAGCAGCUCUAGGAGGGGGGUCCACGGACCCUUUCGGGGGCUUUGGGAUGGAGGAAGGCGAAGAUGAGGAUGAGGUAAAACAAGAGGCAGUGCGCUUAAGGGGGAGCACAGGGGCACCCUUGGGUGAAGCAGACACCAUGGGGUGAGAUUCCGUCGGACUAGGAUGGAGAAGAAGCAGGUUCAAAUCCUCCCUCCGCUGGGAAGCUCGUUGCGUGGCCUUGGAUCGAUCACCAUCUAUCAGCCUAGCCUACCUCACAGGCUUGUUGUGAAGAUGAAAGUGGGAGCAGGCAACACAUAUACUUUUUCCUGGAACUCACUGAUGAAAGGAUGGGGAUAUAAAUAUGUAAACACCGCUUCCUAUGAUGCCCUGUGCCAAAUAUAGCCAAUGUGGUGCAGUGGCUGGAGAGCUGGGUAGGGAUUUCAGAUUCAGAUGCUUGCUCAGCUUUGACUUUCCUUGGGCUUCUUUCUCUUACCUAAUCUUCCCCUGUGAGUUCCUUGGGAAAGGUGGGAUCAGGAACAUAGGAAGCUUCCUUAUACCAAGUCAGACCAUUGGUACAUUUAGCUCAAUAUUGUGCACACUGACUGGCAGCAACUCUUCAGAGUUUUGAGCAAUGGUCUCCCUAGAGAUGUCGAGGAUUGAACUGUGAUUUUCUGCAUGCAAAGCAGAUGACCUACUGCAGAGUUUAAGACCCUUUCCUAUAUACGUUUUGCUUGCUCUGUGUUUUCUCACAAUGUGACAUCUUUUGUGUGUCCCCAGUGAAAUAUUCCUCACCAUCUCCCAUGGCUAGAGACAGUAAUGUUUCUGAAUACCAGUUGCAGGAAACUGCAGGAAGGGAGAAUGUUCUGAUGCUCAGGUUCUGCUUGCAGGUUUCCCAUGAGCAUCUGUGAUAACAGGAUACUGGACAAGAUGAGCCAUUGGCCUGUUCCAGGAAGCUCUUCUUAUGCUCUUAAUUUUAUUUAUUCUAUAUGUUUACAUAUGCUUUCACUCAAAUGGUUCCCAAAGCAGUUCACAACAAAAUUAAAAAGACCAUGUUCAGGAAAAUCCCCACUUCACUUCUAAUACUGUGUUUUAAUCAAACAAUAAACAUCUUUGUAUUGGUAACAAGCAAAACUUUAAAAAUUGCUAUUUCCCUCCUUUUUUCACGUUUGCAGCGCAUGAUUAACCUCUCUGAGCUGACACCAUAUAUAAUGUGUUCUAUCUGCAAAGGGUACUUCAUAGAUGCCACAACCAUCACAGAGUGCCUUCAUACAUGUAAGUACUAAUAUUAAUUUCUUACUCAACAGAAGCUUUGACAUUAUCUAUGCAGAAAUAUCAAGCCUAAGUACAUUUUGGUGAUAAUGUAAAACAAUGUUGUAUUAAUUGUGGUAACUCCAUGGAGGUGGAUGCCUUUAAGAGGGUCCUGGAAAUUUUAAACAAUCCAUCUACAGUAUGUCUUGGAUUAUACUACCCCCACCCCAAAAUUCUCCAUGAUCAUGUUCUGAAAUAAAUUAAAAUAAACCAUUCCUUUAUUUGCCUUUCAUAUUCAGCUUCCUGAAUAGAUCUUAGCACAUUUUCUUCUACUUCUACCCUGACCUCAGCUUCUGCUGCUCCUUAACCUGAUUGUCAUGGCUAGGCUGUAGAUGACCAGAUGCAGAUCUGGAGUGUGUUCUGUAAUCCAAAAUCCCUGGAGUCAUUGGGUGACAGCUGAAGCCUGAGGUACCGCACACAGAUGUUACUGCUGUGCAGACCAAGAAAUAGUAGUUUUCCUUGUAUUUAUUCCAUACUUGCCCAGCCCAGAGUCUUCAUAUUGCCUGCUGGUUAGGAACCUAGGAAGUUGCCUUUAAUCGGGGCAGAGUAUUUGUUUAUCUACUCUGCCUGACAGCGGCUUUCUAAGUUCUGGUAGAGGUGUUUCACAUGCUCUGGUAUUUGAUCCUAAACACACGCACACAAUAUAGAUGCAAAAGAUUGAACCCAGGGCUUUCUGCCCGAAAGCACAUGUUCUACCUCAAAGUCGCUUGCUUUAGGUGCAGCUGCUGCACCUGGCUCCUCCCUUUCGGUUCUUGGACUGUGAGAUGAUCUGCAUUUUGACAGUGAAAGGAAUAAGGAGUGCCCAGCCAGGCAACAGACCAUUCCGUUUGCAGCAGCUGGGAAAGUAAGAGGGAUAAAAGACAGUGGGAAGAGUUGCAGUAACUUGAGGGAGAGGGUUAUAUACCACCUCAGAGUAGCAUUGGGAGUUGGAGCAGCUAGAACAAACAUAGGCAAACUCAGCCCUCCAGAUGUUUUGGGACUACAACUCCCAUCAUCCCUAGCUAACGGUAUCAGUGGUCAGGGAUGAUGGGAAUUGUAGUCCCAAAAUAUCUGGAGGGCCAAGUUUGCCUAUGCCUGACCUAGAAUCAGCCUUAAUAAAAAUUGUAUUAUUUUAUGUAAACAUGUUGUGGAUCCUUCAGUAUGAAAAGGGAGAGAUUAAUAUCAAGUAAAUGCAUAUUGCAUACCGCUAUUCAAGACUUAUUCUUAAUAACUUUUUUCAGUAAGAUUUUAGUAAGCCUUUGAAAUUUUGUAUUGAAAAGUAGGGCAGAAAUCGAUUGAAAAACGUAUGCAAAGUUUUUAUCCUCCACACACACACAUUUUAUUUCUACAGUUGCUCCGCAUUUUAGGUGACACAUGCUAUAUAUUCUGUAUUAUCUUUGGAACUUGUAUACUACUACAUUAUAGGCCUGUAACUGCAAAAUUUAUCUUCUACAGUCUGUAAAAGCUGCAUAGUAAGACAUUUUUACUACAGUAACAGAUGCCCAAAAUGCAACAUUGUAGUACAUCAGACGCAACCCCUUUAUAAUAUCAGGUAAUAUAUUUUAAUUAUAAUUGUUUAUCUAUAUUUUGUGUGUGUGUAUGUAAAAGAAGCAAUGGUUUUCAGAUAAUACUGAUAUUUCUAUUUUUGACUAAAAUAUAUUAGUGGAACUUGAAAAAUACUUCUAACUUGCUAUAUGCACUGGAGGGAAACGUUGCUGUCUCAUAAAAGGUCUAGCACCUCACACAAUUCUUAAUUCCCUUUAUUGUUUACCAACAAAAGUUUUGCAUAUCCAAAAGAUUUGCCUCGCUGGUCUUGAAACUUUCCCACACAAGGGUUGUUUGAGACUUCUUAUCUCCUCUGGUGCACCAGUGCGUUGCUUCAAAGAUAGUUGUAAAGUUGCUUUUGUAAUUGAGAUAUUUUGGCUUGAACCUCAAAUCUUUCUCAAGAUAGGGAAACCUGCAAAUCUAGGUAUGCCAUUGAAAAUAGCUUCUAGUUCUUCUCCUGUGGCUCUUCACCAGUUCACUACCACAACCCAUAUUCAAUCACUAAUUUAAUUAAUCUUUUUAUUCUACUUCCACAGGCUGGAUCGACAGUUGCAAGACAUAGUGUAUAAAUUAGUUGUUAGCUUGGAAGAAAGUAAGUCUUUUAUUUUGAGCCUAGUGCUAUUUAUAAAAAUUAAAGAUAAGAUUCACCAGAGAAUGUGUUAGCUGUGAAUUAGGUGAUAAUUCCUAAAUUGCCUUGGUUCUUGAUAUAAGGGCUGUGUCUGUUUUCUGUGACUGCAGAAGCAUGAACCCUGCCAUGUAGUUUGUCAUACAACCAUCUGAGAUCCUCAGCUUUCAUUUUAUAAGGUUUGUAGGCAUUUUGGUUGUGGAGAAGAACUUUAAAUAUUGUGAACAGUGGCUGGACAAAGGAGUCUGAUUCCUACUAGUGCUGGUUUCUUUGACCUGCAUAGUUCCUUUUCCACCAGGGACUCCUUCCUUUUCACUCUUCCUUUCCAUUUGCCCCUACUGGUCACUGUCAUUUAGUGGCUGCUUUCUAGAGCCCAUGUAGUCUCUAUUUCCAUACUUUUUGUUUUUUCCUUCCUCAAAGUCUUUGUCAAAACAUUCCACAUGCCUUGAAAAUAAUACAUUUAAGAAACAGAAAAGCUGGGGGGGAGGGGGGAUCACUUGCAUAAUAAGUUUCAGUUUCAUUAAAGUUUAAUAUUUAUAUCCUUUUUUUAAUGUCAGCUCUGGAUCAAGUCAAGGCUUGCUGAAUCUUUUUAAUAUUUUUAAGGCCCUAAAACUUCUCACUGAAUUCAUUAAUGCAUACUGUACCUGCCAUUUGUAGACCAGUGUGCUCACAGCUUAACUACCAUAAUCAGUGCCAGUGGGACAAGUUAAAUUUAUGAAUGCCAAAUAGUGCUUUGUGCAAUACCAAACUCUUGCCUUUUGAAUGCAGAAAGGGAGAGGGAUAGCACCAAUAAGCUAAGAGGUGUUGAUGGUGGGGAAAAUCAAAGCCUUAGAAUUGUGUUAAUAUACAUUUUAAGAUGUAAUUACCUUGAAGAAUGCAUUGGGCAUUUCAGAUCUCAUAUUAAACCACAGAGCCUAGGGCUUGCCGAUCAGAAGGUCGGCGGUUCAAAUCUUCAAUGGGGUGACCUCCCAUUGCUCGGUCCCUGCUCUUGCCAACCUAGCAGUUCGAAAGCACGUCAAAGUGCAAGUAGAUAAAUAGGUACUGCUCCAGCGGGAAGGUAAAUGGCAUUUCCAUGUGCUGCUCUGGUUCGCCAGAAGUGGCUUAGUCAUGCUGGCCACAUGACCCGGAAGCUGUACGCCGGCUCCCUUGGCCAGUAAAGCGAGAUGAGCGCUGCAACCCCAAAGUCGUCCACGACUGGACCUAACAGUCAGGGGUCCCUUUACCUUUACCUUAUGUAUCUUAACUGCUGCUGUUUUAAUACUUUUCCUCUCUUUUUGCUGACUUAAGACUCUUUAGAUGACACAAUACUAUAAAUGUAUUAAAAAUCCUGCUGAAUGAUAAUGGUGGUUUCUUUAGUUAGCAUGUUUUGUAUCUCUAACCAACUAGUUUGAGGAAAAUAUAUCUAUACUGGGGUUGGGGGAACCUGUGCUCUCCAGCUGUUGUUGAACUACAACUCCCAUCAUCCCUGAUAGUUCGCCUUCCUGGCUGGAGCCGGAGGGGGUUGGAGCCCAACAACAUACUGAGAGCCACGGAUUCUGCACACAUCUAUGCAUUGUAUUUUCUAUGUGGAGCAAACCCAAAUAUUUUGUAUUGCAUAUUUUUAGGAGAGAAAAAGCAAAUGCAUGAUUUCUACCGAGAGAGAGGUUUGGAAAUACCUAAGCCUGGUAAGUUUUUAUAACAACUAUAGUAGCAGCAUUGCUAUUUAAAAAUAUGUGUGUAAGAAGUGUCAUGCCACUUUAUUCCAGUGGAUCAGAUAGUUCAGCUUUCUAACCACAGAUAUGGUCAGGCUGAUGCUAGGGGAUGUUCCAUGGGUACAAUCAUGAAACAUGUUCCAAGUUGGACAGUGCAAUUGGUACAGUAUUUAGAAGGAUGACAGAUGAUUGACUGAUAGAAUUCUCAUUGUUCAUUGAACCUGAUUAAGCUGUUUAAUGUUUUCUCUCUCCCCCUCAGAUGAAAAUAAUAGUAACUUAUCUGCCCCACAAGAGAAUUAUUAAGCUUAAUCAACUAGCUUAAAGAUUCUCUUAUUAAUGUGCUAUAAGACAGCAGGGCAGUUUAGAGUUGUGAUAUUCACAAAUGAAUUAUGUAGUCAGCAUUUUUUGCUAGGAAGAAUUCUGUAGUGAUUUUGUUCAUGUCUGUGAAAGACAGCUAGGGUUUUUAAGGCUCAAAAUAGAGUGAAGAGUAGAGAAGGGAUGUUACUAGAUCAUGCAUGCACAGCACAAUAAAUAUGAUAAGAUCAGACCAUCAUAGCAAUUGUGGCCACUUUCUUGUCUGUGGCACCUUUUGGGAAUUUGGGAUAUCCAUUGCUUAUGAACGCUUCCUGUGCAUUUGUGACAACAUCAAGGCCUGUCCAAAUUCAUCUAAUAUAGGAGAAUACUUGCAUCCAGUUACUAAGUUAACAGUGAUUCUUGUUAAAAUGGCAGAGAAUUGUGCUCAUGCUGUAUCAUAGAAUCAGAAUUGUAGAGUUGGAAGGGACCCUGAGAGUCUAGUCCAACUCCCUGUAAUACAGGAAUCUCAACUAAAGCAUCCAUGACAGGUGGAUGGCCAGCCAACCUCUGUUAAAAAACCUCCAAGGAAGGAGAGUUCCAAGAAAGACUGUUCCACUGUCAAACAGGUCUUACUGGCAGAAAGUUCUUCCUGAUGUUUAGUCGGAAUCUCCUUUCUUGUAAUUUGAAUCCAAUGGUUCAGGUCCUAGCCUCCAGAGCAGAAGAAAGCAAGCUCGCUCCAUCUUCCUUGUAACAGCUACUUGCAUUGUGUUAACUAUAGGUUCUUGGCUAUAGCUUGUGGUUUAGUAAGAUAAGAUCUAAAACAAAAGGCCCAGUUUUGAUGACAUGCUAAGCCAAACCUUGGCUUAGCUCAGCAUAGCACAGAAGUAAAAAAGAUUGGGAAGGAACAAAGUGGUUGCAAGCUCCUUUCUCCAGCAGCUCAUGUAAUAAUUGUAAUCCAUGUAAGCAUGGUUUGGCUUACCAUGUCAUGUGAACCAGGCCAGUGGGUUGAAAGAAAAUGUGGGUUAAAAAAUUGUAACAAAAUGCUACAUUAAUCAGAGAAAAAACAGUGUUGUCCCUCUUGAGUUAGGAAAAACAUUUAAAUAGCCCCAAUAGCAAUUAGGUAGUGCAUUUCUGAACUAAGAUACGAAUCCGUGUAACUUGUUAUUUCAUCAUGUAUACUUAUAGGUGGGAAAUAGAUUCUUUGCUUUCUAGUUUUGUUUUUCUUCUACUAUCCUAGCUGUUCCACAGCCAAUUGCUAUAGCCAGGGGGAGGCCCCGUAAAGUUGUAGGCUCAGUUUUCCGUAUCCCUCCAGAGCUUGACAUGUCACUACUCCUCGAGUUCAUUGGGUAAGUAAAAGCAGACUUUUAGUAGAUUGAGUUUUAACUUACAAGUAGUGUUUUAAAGACAUGGACGUAAAAGGAUCUGUUGGCCUUGGCAUUCAGUUGCAACAUUAGCUUUUUUUUUGUUUCAGUAAUUAGAUCGAGAGCUAAUGGAAGACAUUCAGAUUAGCAAUUCUAUUUGUAGAACUCUUGGCUUACAAAAACCAUCUCUCCUUUCCCCAUGGAUGUAGAUUCAUCUUGAAUUUCUGCACUGUUCUGAAAGGUUUCCUUAUUUCUACAGAUUGAUUUAUUGAAUAAAAGUUCAGUUCUUGCAGAAACAGACUGCGAUUUUCUAUAGUAGGCACAUGUAGAACCCUCAUUAUACCUUUUCCGAUGAAGUGUACAGUAUGUAUAAAGACAGUUCUGUUUAAUCAAAUCGUGCCCGACCAAGCAUUCUGUAACUUGGGGUGCCUAACUGUCUUUGCCUGUUUUUAACCACUAGGUGGCAGUGACAACUGACAAACACUGAAGUGAUUAUUGCUAAAAGACAAGCCAAUGUGUUUCUGGACAUAUGCAGUAAUAGUUUUUCUCUAAUUUAACAUAUCUGUUUUGCAAAGUUGCCUGAUCAAUGGUAGAGGUUGGUUGCAGACUUCUUGAGGGCGUCAUGUUGGAUACUGUCAUCUAAAAGAAUGAUGAUCUGCACUCCCCCCCCUUUUUUAAAGAGACACUUGUAAUGCUUAGUAUGAACUAUUGCAACCUUAGUUUUAGCACUUAUAAUUUUUUUUCCCAAUAAGUCAAAAAUCAUUUUGAAUACUAUAGGUGGUUCUCCUUAGGUCCCUCCCCCAUUUUAUUCUUACAACAAUCCUCUGAGGUAGGUUAGGCUGAGAGAUGGUGACUGGCUCAGGGAGCAACUGUGCUGAUCGUGGGUCUCAAUGGGCCUUAAUCCUGCAUCACCCUGGUUCAGAAUUGCUGUUUGUAAUGGUGUGUGUGCCAGUUAACAGUAGUUUUAAUGAGCAACUUUUAAUGUUGUGAACUGCCGUGAGAUCUACAGAGGAAGGGUUGUUUACAAAUUUAAUUACCAAUGGUUGUAGUAGUAGUAGUAGUAGUAGUAGUAGUAGUAGUGGUAUAUCUGUUACAUGUUUUGUUUUGUUUUACAUUUUGUCAUUUUCUGGGAGCAAUUUUGUUUAUUACCUCUUCCAUGUCAUUCAGUUUAUAUCUUGAAAUGGUCCAGUCCUUCCAAUGGUAGUAAAAGGGUAUCAGAGACCCCAGUCCUGGGAAUGGAAAAACUGUGAUAUCUUCUGCCUUGGAAAUAACAUGGUUUUUCCAUCUGUCUUUGUUAACCUUUUAGACAUUCAUGAAGAUAAAGAGUUGACUUACAGUUUUUUGAAAGAUAAAAUUCUUGUCUGCAAGUGAAUUUGUCUCCAUGUAUCUAAAGGAAAAGCAGUCAGUCCUCUGAAAUGCAAUUUGACAGCUGAUUGUGCAUAUGAUUGUUCUGCUCAGCACCCAAUCUUGCACACUAUAUACCGUUUAGAUUGAUGUCUAAAGGUAGACUUAAAUUACAUGGUUAGUUCUACUAAAGUCAAGCUCACUGUUUUUCCUAAUACAGAAUUCUUCAAUAUAAAGGUAAUACAGUGGCUGCAAUUCUAUUUGUUUCUGUGUCAGUAUAAAGAAAGCAGUUUGUCAUUGAAGCUUUUAAAAAUAUGCAUGUAUAUUUUAAAUACACUGGCCUAGUUCAAUAGUUUCCACUUGCUCCUGAACCAGGAAGCUUGUGCCUACCUGGAUCAAAGCAAGCCAGGAUAUUAAACUGCAUAUUUGUGCUUAUGAAGCCAAUAUAUGUUUGUCUGAACUGGGCCAUUGUCUUCUCUUGAGACCAAUUCUCAGAGUGCGCUGAUCUAAAAUAUAUAUGAAAUAUGUGGUGAAAUAAUCUCAAACUUGAGGAAUGGUGUUAUCAGUAUUCUAAUUACACCAAUAUGCAUUCUCAGCAGAGCAGCAAUAGCAAGUGUAAAGCAGUAUCUAAAUGCUAUACCAGACUGGAUGAGGAUUAACUAUGGAGUGCAGAUGGAAUUGAAAUGGUGGUGAUUAACGACCUGCUUGACUUAAAUGAGGUGACCUUGGCUCUUCCUGGUAGGGUCAUCCACACUCUCUAAGCAGGCUUGUUAAUUAGGGUUGUUCCUGAAUCCAGUCUAAGGAACUUCUGUGAUGAUAGCUUUUCUUAUGGGUUGCAUCUGAUUCAGAAAAUGUUUCCUCUUCCUUGAAGCUAGGAAACUUACCCCUGUGGUGCAUGCCUUAGGAACUACUUGAAUCAACUACUGCAGUUUUUCCUUUCACUACUUUUGAAGCCUGUAUAAUAGCUACAACUUGUGAGUGCUGCUGCCUGCCUUUAACAGGAGAUUAUGAUAAUGACGAUAACUGGUAAUAUUCUAAGCUUCCAAGCAUAAUCCAAGGACCUGAUAAGCAUAUAAAUUACACACACAUAUAUCACAGAAAAACUCUGUAACUAAUGGCAUUGUAUUGAUUUAGCAGUUUGAGCCUGCAAAUCCAGAUGUAGCUCAGACAUAUUUAUUAUGUUAAUUCUCUUUUUCUUUCAGAGCUAAUGACCUGUCUGGGAAAUUUAAGGUACAAAUACUGCUUAAAUUUAUUUUCCUUUGGUUCAUUGUUAUGACAUGCAUAAGUAAAACUAAAUGUUGCAUUGAGAAAGCUAAUGAUUCUGUCAUGGAGUAUAUACUGCUUUUUUGCAAAUCCGUAAUUUAUAAAGAUAAAGGAAUGUUGCAAAGGCAGGGAUGUAAUAUUUUAGUUUGAGGGACCAGGCACACUGGACAUUAUGACUGCCUCUGAAGCAUGGUGGCCAGCCUGUAGCCUUUCAGAUGCUCCAGUCAAACAACAUCUGAAGAGUUAGAGGUUAGUCGCUCCUGUUUUAAAGAGUGAACAACUAGACUGUAUUCUAUAGAAAUGGGCUAGUGAUUAAACAAUGCCCAGAACAUCAUGUUUUUAAUUAUGUCUGUGAGCUAUCUGUGAAGGGUAGAAAUUUGUAAAGAAAUAAAUAAAAAUGGUACAUAUAUGUAUUUGAGAGGCAAUGUGGUGUAGUGAUUACCACCUCAGACUGAGACAAUCCAGCUUCAAUUUACCACUCAGCCAUGAAGCUCACUGGGACCCUUGAACCUAUUGCUAGCUCUCAGCCUAGCCUAACUCACAGCAUUGUGGUGAGGAUAACAUGGAACAGGGAGAACCAUCUAUGCCUCCUUUAGCUUAUGGGAAGAAGAACUAAAUACACAAGAUACAUGUGCAGUGAGAUUGUGGGUGGAAGAGGAAAAAUAGUGGAACUGUGGGUUGCAGCUGAACAACAUCAUCUUACUGCUGAAAAAAGGUGUUUAAGGGGGAAAUUUGUGAAAAUGACUUACUGGUUUCAUAUAAUAAUAAUAAUAACAACAAUAUGGGAUAAAGUCCUUGUUAAAGAACCUGAUUAGAAUUGCCCCCUUCAUUACUGAACAGCCUUACAGUGUGAAAUCUGUUUCCUCCUUCCAGCCACUGGAAAAGAAGUUUGUACGGGUUUCAGGAGAGGCAACAAUUGGACAUGUGGAGAAAUUUCUUAGAAGAAAGAUGGACCUUGAUCCUGGCUGCCAGGUAUGCUGUGCUAAUUGUUUGCACCAUAUCGUUGGCUAUGACACUCCUCUACUCUCUUGCUCACACUGAAAGUCUACUUCCUGGCAGCAAGUAUGCGAGUGAGGUUUUUACCGUUCUGCAUGCAGUGCAUUUCACAAGGCAUUAUGUAACUUGGAAAAGCCACACUUGUUGCAUCAAAGAAUUUAUGUAACACACACUGAGGCAAUAGCAAGCAAGCACAGAAGAAGAAACCAAGGAAGAAAAGUCAAAUGUAAGAGGGCAAGCCAAUGUGUUGGAUUAUAAGAGUUUUAAAGUUAUUUCCACUCCUCCACAUAGAUUUUUAAUAGUACUUUGCCGUAUUUCUCUCUGUGAUGUUUUGAGGGGCAAAACAGAGUUUUCAGUGAAAUGUUCAACAACAUAUCUUUUUGUUUACCUUUUACAUGUGCUGUUUGCUGUCUCUGAUUUGCAGCUUUAGCACCAUUUUUAAAAACAAAAUAGCUUCCUUCUAUGGCAAUCCAUUUCAGGAUCACAUAGGCAACGUGAAGGUGUCAUGUUGCCAUGUAGCCCCUCAGAUUUGGCCCUUCUCCCCUUCAGCAUCCCUCCCUCUAACAUCCUGGUGGCAACAGCUAUGCACUUGUGUACCUUGAAAAUCCUGCCUCCGUCUCAGUCCAGGGAACCUGAAUGAGUAGUGAGAUGUGACCACUGUCCUGAGCCCAUCAAGCAUAUUGACACCAUCUUCCCACCUUGUAGUGUCAUUCCAAAGCCAAAUGAAGCCAUAGCCUUCUAGAGUGUGAGAAAGGGAUCCCCAUCUACCACACCAUAGCAACCAAUGUGGCAAAGUCAUAACCCUUUAUUGAACAGCCUCCAAAAUGGAGGCAAUUCUGAAGAAGUACACAUGUUUAGGGUUUCCAACAGCUCACCAGAACUCUUGUACAGUGGGCCAUUGCUUGAAAUGUAGCUGAAUAUCAGCUGCAGUGUCCAUGAUGGCACUCUGUUCCAUGGUAGGAACAAAAGAUACAGCAGCCAUGCCUGGAACAAAUAGGUUGAUAUUCUUACAGAGGAACAGCUAGGAGGAGCCUCAUCACUGCUGUUGCUAAUGAGGUGGAACUCUCUCUGUACAACCCCAGGCCUGCAUCUUGUCUGUCUGAGUUAUGGUCUCCCUGUCCAGGGUUUAUAUACUGGUAGUUCUAUGCUGUGAUUGAUCACACCAUACCUUAUGCUCUGUUGUGGUCUGGAAGGUCAAUAGAAAGGAAAUUCUGUGUCAACAGCUCUAGGUCUAGUCUAAAACUUCACCAUAAAUGGGGGUGUGGUCAUGAUAUUUUAAGAUUAUAAGACUAUGUAAGUACUGAUGUUCUUCCCUUAUGCCACUGAUGACUCCGUCCAUCUUCACUGGCAAAAAAAUUGCACUGGUACAUCUGUCAUCGUGGUGGUGGCAUAUUUUUUGUUCUAAGAGUGUAGCAUGGCUUCUGCCAAAUUGUGCAGCUGUUCAGCAGGUACAACUUGAUAUUGAAUUUCACAUUUUAUAAAAUACAGGAUUUAAUGGCAAUUAUGUGCAAGGUGAAAAGGAUUCAAGGAUUAUGUGUCCUUGUAGUUGCAUUAAUACACGUGAUGCAUUUGCACAUCUAAUUAAAAGAAAGGUUUCUGAUUCUGCCUUUUAAAACAUUAAUCUGCCCAAAUGGUCUGAUGUGUUAAGACUCCAGUGUGUGUUUUGUUGCUCUCUUGUAAUGAAAAUGUACACUAAGUGAAUUCAUUGGGCACAUUUGUAAAACCUACAGAACUGAUUUUGUGAUAUGUUGUGAUGUGUUUUCAACUGUGUCUGCAAAUGCCUUUGAUUGUUCAGGUUUAUUUGUUUCUGUUGAUAUACCUUCUGUUCAUUUUCAAAGUGUGCCUAGAUUAAUUUGCAGACAGAAGAUAUGACAAUGCAUAUUUAAACCCCAUCCCAUGCUAAAAGAGUAACUGCAAAACUUCCAUCUUCUGUCGUUGUUACUAUAACAUGCAGCACUCUCUUUAAAAGCCUUGUUUGCCACAGACUUCAGUUGAACAUAAAAGUUGAUGUUGCACUUGUUUCCUAGAUAUAUUACUUGGAAGUAGGCCCCUAAGGAUUCCCUACUUAAUUGUGGUUGAGUCCAGAGGAGUUCUUUGCUAGGACACGGCACUAGAGAGCCUUGAUUUUCUCUCUUCCCAUAGGCUGGCAGUUUGUUUAUUAUUGUUAUUGAUGCAUGAAAGUCCUGGUCUUGGUCACUGAGGGAAUGAUUAGUUUUAUGCCUGCAGCAAAGAGCCAUAAUUGCAACAUGAUUUUUGAAUGUUAUCAGGUGUUAUUUAAUUUUAACAUGGUCAGUCCGAAAACAAUAUUUCUCCUUUUCAUACUUGUUUGCUCACUAAUUGCAAUGAAGUAUAUCUGAAAUGUCCAGUUUCAGUAACUACUUGUCAGAACAUAUUGUUGAUGUUACUAUUCUCAUAUCCCUCUUCAGUUUUGCUGUACUGCAGGAAGCCCCUACCCUGAAGGCCUGACACAGCCUGUCAAAUAGUUUCUUCUGUGUGCUGUCCUUCCAACCACACUGAUUCUGGGAAUGGCAAAAGAAAAAAGGAGUUAUGGUGCCGGGCUGGGAGAAGCACUUCAUUGGAGGUCCAAAUCACCCUGUCCCUGCUCAUCAGACAAAUUGGAUGAGCAGGAAAGGAAUGAUUUGCAUCUGCACCAGAAUACUAGGCUGGCAAGAUAAGUUUAAACCUCUCUUCCCAGCACUACAGUUGAGAUUCCAAUCUUCUCCCUUCUCAUCUGCAUAGAUCACUGAGGAUGGGGUUGGGGGUUUUUUUGGGGGGGGGGGCGGGUGACCUGCCCCAAGUGGUUGGCCAAAGGUAAUUGCAGCCAUUGGACCAAAAGUGGUUGGCCACCCAUGCUUUUCGGUGUAAAUUUAUGAGCCCCAUUAUUAUUAGGGGUAGGGCCUUGGCUGCUAUUGGUGCCAGCUUAGAUGUCAUUUCAACACCAGGUAAAGACCUUAUGUGCUCAUGCCUUCUAGACUACGUUCUUUUCUUUUUAGGCUUACAUUCUGUAGUCCCAGCUAUCCUGGUUUUAAAGUUUUUAUGACUGCUAUUGUUUUAGACAUCUGCUGAGGCAGUCUAAAAGUCUUCAGACUGAGAAGUGUUACAUUAAGUAUUUGCAAAAAAUAAUAAUUUUAAAUGUUGAAUAAACCACAUCUUCCCAACACUUUAGUUGCCAUCUUGCCCCCUGGACUCACAUAUACUUAUUGAAAUCAGCCUGUGAGCUGCUGUCUUCACUUGAUAAGACUGUUGUAGUAAUGUCUGAAAAAUAUCUUUUUGAAAUAGUAAGUGCCUUGCCAUCCUAAUAUCAGGACAUCCAAAAGCUGCUUUCUGCCUGCCUUUUGAGUGAGAAUUAGUGUGGGGAGAGAGCGACAGUUACAAAGGAAUUUGCUAUUUCACUGCUUUAGAUGUACUAAUAUAGCUUACAGAAGUGUUCCCUUGUCAGAGGAAUCUCUUAGAUGAAAGUGUUUAUUGUAAACGAAGACGGGCUUUGGGGAGAUAAUUAGAAGUAGCAUGGGUUUGAUGCAUAUUCUGCUAGAAAUCAGAGUGUGAUUGGGCCCAAUAUAAUAUCUGGUGCAUGGUAAAGGCACAAUGAGAGCAAUUUAUAAACAAAGGGAGGAUUGGGGUCAAAAUUUGUAUAAAUAGCCCAUGCAGUUUUUCAACUGGCUCCUCAGUAGCUGUGUUUACCAUGUACAGUCAUACCGCGGGUUAAAGUCGCUUCAGGUUAAAUCUUUUCAGGUUGUGUCCCACGGCGACCCAGAAGUAAUGGAGCAGGUUACUUCUGGGUUUCGCCACAUGCGCAGACGCUCAGAAUGAUGUCACGUGCAUGCGCAGAUGUGGAGAAUCGCGGGACGUGCAGACGCGGGUUGCGUUCUGCUCAUGAUGCGAACAGGGCUCCGGAACGGAUCCCGUUCGCAUCCAGAGGUACCACUGUACAGUGGUACCCAGAGGUACCACUGUACAGUGGUACCUCGGGUUAAGAACUUAAUUCGUUCUGGAGGUCCGUUCUUAACCUGAAACUGUUCUUAACCUGAGGUACCACUUUAGCUAAUGGGGCCUCCCGCUGCCGCCGCGUGAUUUCUGUUCUCAUCCUGAAGCAAAGUUCAUAACCCGAGGUACUAUUUCUGGGUUAGCGGAGUCUGUAACCUGAAGCGUCUGUAACCCGAGGUACCACUGUAUAUCUAAAGUUAAUGCUCAGCAUCUGAAGCGGAACCAGUAUCAGAACCCCCAAAACAAGAAAGAACAAAUUGUUUGCAAGACAGGGAGCCAAAGAAAAGCAUCAUGGUCUCAGGCGGACAAAAGUUCCAGCAAGGGCAGUUGGUGAGUAGGAGGUCAGCCUGACAGGAUCUGCUUACAAGGAGACAAAGUUUCUCAGACUGAAGAACAGGCCCUGAGGCUGAGACUUUAUAGAGCCAGAUAGAGUUGCAUUCAUCCCCUUAGUCAUCUAAUGCAGUACAGUGUCAGCUGGUGGAGCUUGUAAUGCAACCGGGAUGACACUUCAGUAUAACAUAAGUUAGUGUGCAACUCUUGCCAAAGAUGCUGCCGGGUGGUCAGGAGGGCAAGGUGUUGGAGCCUGACAAAAACUCUGGACAGAUCCAGUGCUUAAUGCACAAGUUGCAUCCCUUAUGUCUCAUUUUCAUCUAUUUUUCCUUCCAAUUCUAGGCAUGCUUACUUGGGAGUAAGCUGCAUAGAACUUUGUGGAACAUCUGAGAAACAUAUGUAUUGGAUUGGGGUGUCAGGGAAAUAACUGGCAUGCACCCAAUCAAGGCAUGUAAUUCUUUAAAAACAUCAGAAAGGUUUCUUUCCCUUGCUUUAACUAGACUUUAGUGUGUUCAUUAGGGGAAUAUUUACAGCAAUAUAAUGAUCUUCCUGUUUCCAGGAAGGGUCAAAUCAGUUAUAUUCAUUGUUGCAACACUAGUGUAACACUGAUUUGAUUCCAAACUUAAAAGUCUAAAAUAGAUUUAGAACACUGCUGGCAGAUGGGAUUCCCACCCCCUUAUCUGUAAUAUAUUUCCUUACAUCACAGGGAUUAAUGGAUAUAAUCACAAAUGCUACAGACGCUUCUUAAAAGGGUGGUUGAGAACAAAUUGCUUCUUUUCUUUGUAUUUCUAUUCCCUUGAGUUUUACAGCUAUCACCUGAAUCCCACCCGAACAAUUAGUAUUGAAGCUUUAGAACUUAGCACUGAAGUAGCAGAAUUAGGCGUUUAAUAUUCCAAGCACUUUGAGGUAGAGGGGAAGCAGCUUUGCAAUCAUUUAUUUAAAGCCACUGAAACAUUUAAUAUCUGAAGUCUAGAACUGCAGCAGCGAAGGUCACAUCAGGAUAUCUCUAGGCAGUCUCUUUUGAAUUAUCUCAGGACUGUGAAGAAUUGUUUUACAGCAAUGGAAUUGGUUAACAUUUUGCUUCCAGCGUUAAUAAACUGGAAUAAGUUCCAUCUGAUCAUAAUUUGUGGCAUUUAAUGGUGUGGAUACAUAGAGUUGUAUCUAGUGUUGUCUGUAUGCGCAGAACAGGCUUCCACUUGUGCAGAGGGACUUCACCGUCCUCUGAAGCCUUCCAUGCACCCUCAAAAUGUGCUCUGGAGGGUUGGGCUCUGCGGAGCAGAUUUUGAAGCCACUCAGGACUGCAGUGGGAAGGAGAGAAAAGUGAGCACAGCCUCGGAUUCUGCCCAUAGGAAACAGGCAGGUGGCCUGAAAUGCAGAUAAAAUGUGUGUGCUUGCACCUUGGUGUUUCAAUUAGAUGCUAAUUUGCCAUUUUUUAAUGUUUGUAAUAAGUUAGGAAGAUAAAGAGGGGGAAGUGGGGGAAAUACAUAGAAAUAAAUGCAGCUCUAAUGUCUCAUUUCUUAUGGACUGGACUUAGGACAUCUCACUUGAUCAUAUUCUGUUUUGCCUUUCUUUUCUUACUAGCUCCCUCUUUCUGUUUUAUCUAAAUCCAAGGUCCUUGCUGUUAUCUCUAGUGUCAUUGGAUAAAGGGCGGUAAUCCACUCUGACAAACAGGAGACAGGCUGUUCAAAAGAUGUACCUGAAAUGUCUGUUAGGAUUUCUGCUUCCCUAGCAAUCAGAUGUUUUUCUGCUUCUGCCAAACGUGGCCAACUUUGUUGACUCCUCUAAAGAUUCUUGAGAUUUCUACUACUGUAAAAAUGUUUGUACUAAUUUAGCAUGAUAAAGGGGAAAUAUGUAGGAAUAAAUACUGAGCAAGCCAGGCAGAUAAUUUGGAAAUGUAUGCCUGGUAGGUCUAAAUAUGAUAAAUUCUGCCCCUAGAUGCUGUUUCUGACUAAAACAGACUAUCACAAAUUUCAAGAUUGUCCAGUAGCACCUUAGAGACCAACUAAGUUGGUUCUGGGUAUAAGCUUUCUUCAUGCAUGCACACGAAAGCUUAUACCCAGAACAAACUUAGUUGGUUUCUAAGGUGCUACUGGACAACUUUUUAAUUUUUUUAUUUAUUUCGACUGCAUCAGAUCAACACAGCUACCCAGCUGAAUCUUAAAUUUCAAGGUCUCCUCUCCCACACCUGUAGCGUAUUGAGUUAUUGGAGAAUACCAACACUGCUACAUGCUCUUCAAUACAAGAAAAGGAACUUCAUUUCUGUUCAUAUGGGAGGAGCACAUGUCAUAAUUUCUAGCCUUAAAAGAAAGUUAAUUCCGUGGUGUAAAGCAUAGGCGUUAUACCAGAGGCCUUCCUCCUAAAAAUCCUAAUUAUGAAACCUAGGAAGGCGAACAUCCUCUAGCAGACUAAGUCAAUGCAAUCCCCAGUGAAGGAAACAGAACUAACAUUUCAAACAGUGAAGGUAUAUCUAACUCCCUAUAGGUUUUCAGCUUGUGUUUUGUUUUUGUUGAUUAUUUUUUUUUAAAAAUCAUCUGCUGACUGGGAGAGGUGGUUCUGAAAAUAUCCAGAAACAUCUUGAGUAUAAUUUGCCUCCUGUUAUUCAGAACAGAUUAUUACCCACCAUAGAAGAGCACCAGAGAUAAGUCAAAGAUGCACAACUCAUUGUUAAGAACCCAGACGGCUAUUUUCACACUGAGGAAGCUUUUGUCAAGGAUUGAUGGUGAAAUUGUCAGUAAAAAAAUUAAUAAAUAAUUUAUUUAUUUAUUUAAUAUCCACAGAUCUCAGGGCAGUUCACAACAUAAAAAUACAAAAUGAAAACACAAAAUGCAUAAUAAAACAAAAACAAAACAACCUAAAGACAACUAGUCUGCUGCUGCCACUUGCUUCUUGCAAACCUUCUUGCAAACUCCUGAAACUGCAGGAGUUAAAAUUGUACCCUAGAACACAACCCAAAUCCCCUGUAGUGCAAAAGUGUUUUGUAGGUAACAAAAUCACAGCACAUUGAUCAACACAGAAACAAUUCAUUGACACUAGAAAGGCUAAACUCUAUUGACUUAGAUAUUAAACAUGGACAUGAUUGUGACUUGUUGAUCCUAUCUUUGUUUCAGUUGCAUCACUUGAGAUUUCUGUUUGCUGAUGGUGUGGAUGACUUAAGCAAUAUGAUGCAAUAGUUGCAUGCAAUUCUUACAUGAAUGGACUGUGCACCUCUGUUUAGUUUUAAAGAAUCAUUCAGAGAGUUGCCAAUGAUCUCUGGGACUUGUUAGUGUCAAAUGAGAUACAGAUUGCAAAUGGCAUGUACACAGUGUCCACAGAGAACUGGCACCCAGGAGCUCCUGCAUUAUUUAAUUAAAAUGAUAUUUGGACACCUGCUCAUGUUAACAAGUUUAACCACACCUGUUCUGAAGGGAUAUUUGCUUUGAACGUGGAAUUUCUUGAGAUAUUUAUUGACACAUCCACUGAACAGUACAAAAUGAAGUUAAUAUUUGAACAAAGUCCAAAGUCAUUGGAGUUAAUAAGACAGGAAAAGGAUAUUUAAAGUAGUUAACAGAGAAGCUGGGACGGGGUGCUGUCUUCAAAUGAACUCAAUCUGUUUAGGAGUGUCCUUUACAUGUUCAUAGCGGCUUGUUACUUUACAGUGCUAUUGCAGGCAAUGGGUUCUUGAUAGCAAUAACAACUUGUGUUUUGAAGAGAUCCCUUGCCAAAUCCUCAAAUUGCCUUUUGAAAUUGGGACUACAAAAGAGUAGUUUUGAGGUCCUGGAGAGCAUUUCUGGAGAUGAAAUAGAUACAUAAAAUGUGUUCUCAAACAGCCUUUGAAUUAAAACUUUAAAGCCCCUAGCUUGUUGCAGCUAAAGAAAACACAUGUUGAUACUUUUUUCUGUUUAUUUCUAGGUAGACAUAAUAUGUGGUGAUCACCUGCUGGAACACUAUCAGACUUUGAGGGAAAUCCAGCGAGCUCUAGGGGAGAGUGCAGUGCAGGUAAGUUGAUGCCACUGCUGCAAGGGAAUUGCCCCUGGUGCUCCUGCCUCUGCCUCCCAUACACCCCUUGGGGAUAUAGCCAAGCACUGCAUUUGCCAGGAAAGCUUCUGAGUUGUGAACCUUUAAGGCAAAAGUGCAUGAGUCUGCAUUGCCAGCAGUGGCAAAGGCUGAAAUGGAGCGUCUGGCUUUUACCAACAGCAAGUUUGCCUGUGUGUAUGGAUGAGCACCUCCCUUUUGUGUGGAAGACACUGCUCCCCACUGUUGUGGGGAGGAAUGUUUCAGCAGCACUGUUGAGGCAGGACAAGAGUAUUCAAGUAUACACUCAAGUAUACUCAUCAGAGCUUGCAGGGCAGCGAUCCAUCUUUUAGAUUUAGGGGAGCUAGUCUCAAACGUUUGUUGGGUGAGACCUAGGUUUUUUUGUGGGGGGAGUUAUUUGUCCUGUCUUCACGCUUUUUAUGAUGGAGGACCGCUGUAGCCACCCCCAACGACACGUUCUCAAGAUGGAGGGAGGGAACAGCUGCAGUCGCCUGCGGUUCCUGCGCAAUGUUUGCCAUCUUGCCAAAGGUUGCAGGCAGCUUUACCUGCAGCAAUUGCAUGUUGAUUGCCCUCUUAAAAGACAAAGUCCAGCAACUGGAGGAACAUAUAGCUACGCUCCAAAGAAUUAGAGAGCUGGAGCUCUUCUUGGAAGCAACAGAGCACACCGUCUCCACCAAGGAGGAGACAGGGGACUCCCCUGAGAAGGAGGCUAGUUCACCAACACAGGAUCCAGAUAUAUGGAGAAACGUGACUCAAAGAAGUAGGAGGCCCAGGGUUCUCUCUGAUUGUUUAGAAAUACACAAUCGCUUUGAGGUCCUCUCCCCUAGCAUGGAAGACAAAGAGCAGAUUCCAUUUGAGGAUCUCUCCCUCAUUACAGUCGAUCAGGUAUAUGAAGACGAGCAGCAAAGUCAGUCCUCAGGGAAUGUGCAGGCGACCUUGGAACGGACAGCUCACGGAAGAACCCCGACCAAACCUAAGAGGAGGCGUGUAGUGGUGAUAGGGGAUUCCCUACUGAGGGGAACAGAAGCAGUGAUCUGUGGGCCUGACAAGAUGUCUCGGGAAGUGUGCUGUCUCCCGGGGCUAAGAUCCAAGAUGUAACUGAACGGCUGCAAGGAAUCAUAAAACCCACUGACAAAUACCCCUCCUCUUGGUUCAUGUGGGAACCAAUGACACUGCAAGCAAUAGCCUCCAGAAGAUCAAAAGAGACUACGAGGCUCUGGGCAGGAAAUUGAAGCAAUUAAAUGCACAAAUUGUCAUCUCAUCUGUCCUCCCAGUUGAACGACGUGGCCCAGGGAGAGAGGGAAAAAUAGUGGAAGUGAACAGCUGGCUUCGCAAAUGGUGUAAACAGGAACGGUUUGGAUUCUUAGAUCACGGACUGCAGUUUCUUGAAGAUGGACUUCUGGCAAGCGAUGGGCUGCACCUCACAACGGUUGGGAGAAAUGUUUUUGCCAAAAAUCUCAGAAACCUCAUCAGGAGGGCUUUAAACUGACUAAUGUGGGGGAGGGAGACAGUGCUUCUGAAGGUAGGAGUCGUAUCAAUUGAUGAAGAUGAUCAUCCAAAUGUCAUAGACCAAAUGGAGCAAACAGCACGCAGACCUAGUGAUGGGAGGAAAAAAUCCUUAAAUAAGAGACACGGAGGAAUGAUUAAUGGACUUCAAUGUCUGUACACUAAUGCGCAAAGCAUGGGAAAUAAACAAGAUGAGCUUGAGCUCUUGGUACAGCAAACUAAAUAUGACAUAAUAGGCAUCACUGAAACCUGGUGGGAUAAGUCCCACGAUUGGAAUGUAAUAAUGGGUUGAUACAAUCUAUUACAGAGAAACAGACCAGACAAGAAAGGAGGAGGAGUGGCGUUAUAUGUCAGGGAUGUGUAUACCUGUGAAGAGAUCCAAGAUUUAGAACCUCAAAGCCAAAGUGAGAGCAUUUGGGUCAAAAUUAAGCGAGAGAAGAAUAACAGUGACCUCAUUGUGGGAGUUUACUAUAGAUCCCCAAGCCAAACGGAGGACAUAGCUGAUGCCUUCCUGGAACAGAUGGCCAAGCAUGCAAAAGGAAGGGAGAUAGUAGUAAUGGGGGACUUCAAUUACCCGGAUAUUUGUUGGAUAUCAAACUCAGCCAAGAGCAUAAGGUCAAACAGAUUCCUCACUGGCCUUGCAGACAACUUCAUUGUCCAGAAAGUGGGAGAAGCAACAAGAGGAACAGCCAUUUUAGAUCUGGUCCUAACCAAUGUUGAUGACCUGGUUAGUGGGGUAGAAGUGGAAGGAUCAUUAGGCGCGAGUGAUCAUGCUCUUCUGAAGUUUACUAUACAGCGGAAAGGAGCAGCCAAGCAUACUAGGACUCAAUUUCUUGACUUUAAGAAAGCCGACUUCAUAAAACUUAAGGAAGUGCUGGGUGAGAUCCCAUGGACAGUAAUACUAAAAGGAAAGGGAGUUCAUGAUGGCUGGGAGUUUGUUAAGAGGAGAUAGUAAAAGCACAACGUCAGGCAAUACCAAUGAGACAGAAACAUGGAAGGUGCCUAAAGAAGCCAGGGUGGCUAUCUAAAGAACUUUUAACUGAGUUAAGAUUAAAAAGGAUGUGUACAAAAAUGGAAAAGGGGGAAACCACCAAAGAGGAAUUCAACCACCUAGCCAGCACAUGUAGACACAAAGUCAGACAAGCUAAAGCAGAGAAUGAACUCAGGCUUGCUAGAGAGGUUAAAAGCAACAAAAAGGCUUUUAUGGGUAUGUUCAGUAGCAAAAGGAAGAACAAAGAAACAGUGGGGUCACUCAGAGGAGAAGAUGGUGAAAUGCAAACAGGGGACACAGAAAGGGCUGAACUCCUCAAUGCCUUCUUUGCCUCAGUCUUCUCCGAUAAAGAAAACAAUGCCCGACCUGAAGAAUUUGAAGCAAAUGAUUCAGCAAAGGAAACACAGCCCAGAAUAACUAAGGAGAUAGUACAAGAAUACUUGGCUAGUUUAGAUGUAUUCAAGUCUCCAGGGCCAGAUGAACUGCAUCCAAGAGUAUUAAAAGAACUGGCAGAUGUGAUCUCAGAACCACUGGCAGUCAUCUUUGAGAAUUCCUGGAGAACAGGCGAAGUCCCGGCAGACUGGAGGAGGGCAAAUGUUGUCCCUAUUUUCAAAAAGGAGGAAAGAGAGGACCCAAAUAAUUACCGCCCAGUUAGUCUGACAUCAAUACCAGGGAAGAUUCUGGAGCAGAUCAUUAAGCAAACAGUCUGUGAGCACCUAGAAAGGAAUGCUGUGAUCACCAAUAGUCAGCAUGGAUUUCUGAAAAAUAAGUCAUGUCAGACUAACCUGAUCUCGUUUUUGACAGAAUUACAAGCCUGGUAGAUGAAGGGAAUGCAGUGGAUGUAGCCUACCUUGAUUUCAGCAAGGCAUUUGACAAGGUGCCCCAUGAUAUUCUUGUAAAGAAGCUGGUAAAAUGCAGUCUUGACUAUGCUACCACUCAGUGGAUUUGUAACUGGCUGACUGACCGAACCCAAAGGGUGCUCAUCAAUGGUUCCUCUUCAUCCUGGAGAAGAGUGACUAGUGGGGUGCCACAGGGUUCUGUCUUGGGCCCGGUCUUAUUCAACAUCUUUAUCAACGACUUGGAUGAUGGACUCAAGGGCAUCCUGAUCAAAUUUGCAGAUGACACCAAACUGGGAGGGGUGGCUAACACCCCAGAGGACAGGAUCACACUUCAAAACGACCUUGACAGAUUAGAGAACUGGGCAAAAACAAACAAGAUGAAUUUUAACAGGAGAAAUGUAAAGUAUUGCACUUGGGCAAAAAAAAUGAGAGGCACAAAUACAAGAUGGGGGACACCUGGCUUGAGAGCAGUACAUGUGAAAAGGAUCUAGGAGUCUUGGUUGACCACAAACUUGACAUGAGCCAACAGUGUGACGUGGCAGCUAAAAAGCCAAUGCAAUUCUGGGCUGCAUCAAUAGGAGUAUAGCAUCUAGAUCAAGGGAAGUAAUAGUGCCACUGUAUUCUGCUCUGGUCAGACCUCACCUGGAGUACUGUGUCCAGUUCUGGGCACCACAGUUCAAGAAGGACACUGACAAACUGGAAUGUGUCCAGAGGAGGGCAACCAAAAUGGUCAAAGGCCUGGAAACGAUGCCUUAUGAGGAACGGCUAAGGGAGCUGGGCAUGUUUAGCCUGGAGAAGAGGAGGUUAAGGGGUGAUAUGAUAGCCAUGUUCAAAUAUAUGAAAGGAUGUCACAUAGAGGAGGGAGAAAGGUUGUUUUCUGCUGCUCCAGAGAAGCGGACACGGAGCAAUGGAUCCAAACUACAAGAAAGAAGAUUCCACCUAAACAUUAGGAAGAACUUCCUGACAGUAAGAGCUUUUCGACAGUGGAAUUUGCUGCCAAGGAGUGUGGUGGAGUCUCCUUCUUUGGAGGUCUUUAAGCAGAGGCUUGACAACCAUAUGUCAGGAGUGCUCUGAUGGUGUUUCCUGCUUGGCAGGGGGUUGGACUCGAUGGCCCUUGUGGUCUCUUCCAACUCUAUGAUUCUAUGAUUCUAAGUAUAGCAAAAAGGGGUGAAGAGAGACAGGUGUCAGGUGCACCAGUUAAACAUCAUAGCAUGUGUUUCUCCUUCUCUUGCUUACCUGUGUGAGGUGUAGUUGUUGAAGUGGAAUGGGGCUGGAUGUACAGUAUGUGUCCGGAGUACCGAGGUGAGAUACGUAUUAGGAUUCUGAGGUAAGAAGCAUUAGCAAUGCGUUCAGGUUCCCAUGUGUGUUCUGAGGCCAAGUGCAUCUAAUGCUCUUUUGAUGUGGACAGAGUGGUCACUGACUUAAGCACAGAGGGAAAUCUUAGGCCAGGUCUGAUUGAAGGGCUAUAGGAUACAGCGCAAGCGUGCUCCUCCUCUCUACCAGUCUGCCUUGCCCAUGACUCCACCCCAUUUUAUCUGCUCUGACAGCAUUCUUUUGUGCUGCUGGCAUAUUUAGAAGCUGGCCAGGAUAGCAAGCCUUCAGCCAAAUCCUAUAGCAUCUUAGCCAACAGAACUUAAGUAUAGGACUGCUUCUUAAGUCUAGCUGAGCCUUCAUGCAGUGUUUAAAUGGCUUCUACCAGCACAUUACUUUAAAAAAAUAAACAAAUUUCAGGUAUCUGAAGAAGUGUGCAUGCACACGAAAGCUUAAACCCAGAACAAACUUAGUUGGUCUCUAAGGUGCUACUGGACAAUUUUUUAAUUUUUUAAUAUAUUUUGACUGCAUCAGACCAACACGGCUACCUACCUGAAUCUAAAUUUCAGGCUGUUAUGGUUUAGAGCAUUGUUGUUUUUAAUGAAAGCAGUCUCUCCCAGUCUAAAGACACAAAAGGAUAUAUCAUGGAUCUCCUAGUAGGUUGAGGAAAAGGAAAAUUCACCAACUCUGCUAUCCUUGGUGAAUGUGCUGUGAUCUAGGCAUCCUUGCAUACUGCAGGCUAAGCAUGUGCUUCUGCAUUCACAGAUCAACCCUGCUGAACAGGUGGUUGCCUCUAUCUGCUUUGUAUGCACUAAUCAUUUGUUAGGACAGUGGUGGGUAGAGUGUGCAUCUGGAAUCAGAACUGACAAUGCUGAUCUUGUACUUUAGCAUUCAAGAGUAUUGUGCACAUAGUGAUAGCAGGUGCUGGGUGCAACCGCUGCCCAUUGUAGGGCACGAUUAUUUUGCAUACUCUGGUCACAUCUAGAACAGCAGUCAUUGUAGAAGCCUCUUUCUACACACAUAUUGUCUUUGCUUGAUCACAGCAGUAAUGUAGAAUUCUUACCACUUUUUAAAAUCAUACAAUAUAAGGACAAUUGAAAAUAAAAAAUAAGAUACAGUUUGUAAUCUGGUGGCUCUUUUAAUCAAAUCUAAGGAUAGCUUGCUGAAUUACUGAAUUAAAAUAACCUGUUUUACAGGUUGAAUUGUUCAUUUCUCACUUUGGUGCAUAAGUGCUAACUUUGCAUUCUAGACAAGGUGUCAGAAUGAAGUGUAAUCAGUAGAGAAAGGUGUUAUACAGCAGUACAUUUUUUAAAAUAUAUUUUGCUCAUAGGUGAUGUUUUGUUUGAUGUUGUAGAUCUUUUCUAGCCAACACAUCUCCAACAUUUGAACACAGUAUAUGUCAGAAGAAGUCACAAUUGCCUUUCACACCUAAUAGUAGCCUGUCAGGAAAUUGUGACAGACUUAUGGCAAGGCUAAACCUAAUAAGGCACCUUUUCUGUAUAUCCAAACUUCCAUGCUAGGGCUGCAUAUAAAACUGUUGUGAUUUGGCUGAUUUCAAUGGCUCAAUUAUGCAGUCAAAUGGAGGUUGCCAGUUGACUCCCUAUGGCUUUUGUACAGACUUGCCAAUAAGUAUGGACCAACCCUAUAUAUAAGCCCAAAGCAGUGCCUGCUUUUUCAUUUACUCCAGCAGUUUGUUUCAGGGAAAUUGCCUUCUGUAACACUUCGUCCUGGGAUCGAAAGCUGAAGCUUGCUUAUUGAGAAUGACUCAUAGUGUGUUUGUCGUCUUCAAAAAAAGCAUAUAAUGUACUGUGCAUACAGCAGGAAUCUGCAGAUGGUCAGGUUUCUCCAAUACAUACAUAGGUGUUCAGGAUGAUGCAUCUGCCAUUAACACUUGGCAUUUUUGCUAAGCUAAACACUGGUUUUACUGCCGCAAACACUGCCUUGUAAAGUGCAAAGCAGCCCUCAAACUUACUGGAGGAAGGAUUGGAUCCUAAGGAGUCUCUGCAAUAACUGUGGCUUGAUGGAGAAGCUGAGUCAAAAGACAAAGUGGCUGCAAUAUGAUGUGGAACAGUUCAACAAUGGGUUGUGCAUUCUGACUGUUAGCCUCUCUUUGAAAGGGAUAUUACAGUGUUCAGACACAGGCAAACAACUGAAUGACUUGUUCAGUUGUUUUCAAACCACCUCUAAAUGGGACUGUACUCACAAAGAAAUUACAAGUGGGCUUCAUACUCAGCUGUUGACUCCCUUGAUCCUCUGUUCAUUAAAUAGCACACUGGGAGAUCCUGCAUUUUAUUAUUCACAAUCAAGAGCAAAUUUUCAUUAGGUGGCAUAAAGAAACUUAGGUGUGGCAAGGCUUUGUUUUUGCAUUCAUUUUGACUUGUUUACAAGUAUGAUUUUUCUUUCCUACUUUCUAGGAUGGCUUACUUGUACUUCACUAUGGGCUGAUUCUUAGCAGAGAUCCCACACUUUCAAGGAUUUGUUAAAAUCCAACAUGGAGGGGCUUUGAAGAAACAAAUGAUCCUCAUUCUGGGAAGUGCAUGAUGAACAUUAAUGCACAGUUUUCACUCUGCAUAGUAAGUUAGAAUCUGAAAAAGGAAUGCUGUACAGUAAGUACAGCUAUAAAUACUGCAGUGCUAUUAUGUCAUUAACACCUAGCUAGUUCGGGGAAGAGCAAAUGUGUCAAGAUGACUGGAUUUGUCUUAAAUGCGGUUUGUGUAUUGGCAGCACUCCCAGCUGACUCCCAGGACUUAAGCUUGAAACCAGUAUUUAUCUGAAAGACAGUUUCACUGGUGUUCUCAGGGAUUAUCUCCAGUGUGCGGUGUUUUAUUGGAAAAGAUGUGUUCUUCUCAGAGACAUUUAUUGUACACUAAUGGUCUUGGUUUGAAAAUAGGAAAGGGAAACCUUUCAGUUGUGUGCCUAAAAUGGGGGGGGGGGGGGGAGAGAGAGAUAAUCAAAAACCGCAAGCAUUGUAUCUCAUGGUUUAUGUGAGUAAUAGCAUUAAAAUAUGCAAUAUCCUAUAAAUUAGUUAAAAUUGGAGAUAAAUUGUGUGCAUGUUAACUAGACACCAGAAUACCAAUGCUACUCACACAGCGUGGAUGUGACAGUAGAUUGCACAGGGCUGCCUUUGAGGUCCCUUUGGAAGGCAUCAUGCAACUGAUUAUAUUCCUAUUGAAGACAAUAACCAGACUUUGUUCUAUGAAAAUCUAUCAGAAGAACAGCAGUAACCUUUCUCUAUCCCCUGCUACUUUCCUUUAAGCCCACUUCUUCUUCUGGUUUGCAGUCACUACCAUGUUUGCCUUUGUCCCUUGCAGCCUCUGUCAUAGCUCCCCUUCUUGCAGAUGUUCCACUAUAUUCUACUCCCUCCCCCAGCUUUUGUUUUGCCACCUUUGUAGAAAAUGACUAUGUCUGUCCCCUUCCAUGCAUAUGAGCUUGAGACAACGCCCUGUGUUUCCCAGCCAGUAGUAGUACUACCCUGUGAACAAUAAAAAAAGCUCUGGUUAAACAACAACACAAUGAAGGAGUUCGUUUUUAACAUUUCCUGUAACAUAGCCACAGCAGUGGUCUUAUUACAAAGAUUUCAUUAAACCUUGCUAAACAAUGCUUAGUCUUCAACUUUUGCAGACGCAGAAUCCACCAUUAACCCAGACAUGCACCUGGGGAUCCAUUUCAUAGUUUUUAACCAAAAAUUUAUCUAGAAGUGCUGCUGUUGUGACCUCCCUUAGACCAAGCUGUGAUAUAAUGGUGCAAGUGUGAGAAAUCCGUGGCCCUUUAGAUGACCUUGGACUCCAACUCCUAUCAGCCCCAGCCCGUGUGGCCAGUGGAGACGGAUGGUGGGAACUGUAAUCCAGCAACAUCUGGAGGGCCACAAGUUCCCCACCCCUGUGAUAGUGGUUCCCAAACCACCAGUUGAAGAUCAAUGGCUUAAUCCAUUAUCACAUAGGCAGCAAACAAAGUUUAUGCAAUUGGAGGGAUAGAUGGAAGACACAUUACUGAUGCAACUCCCGUGCCUCAAUAGAAGGUGUCAGAUUUUCUUUCGCAAAUUCUUAAUUCAUUGCCUGUGCACUUAAAGAUUCUGUCCUAUUGUGGAACUGCUACUCCAUAGUCUUAAAGAGGCUUAGAUGUGCAUUUAUGGUGACCUGAAAAGCUAGUUUUUAGACCAAAUGUGUGUUGAAGGGUUUUGCUUUUGAAAAUGCCUUUAUGAAUUCAAUUUUGUUACAAUAAAUUUUUGAUGUAGGGAUAUUCAUAAAUAUCUACCUGCUUUAUAUUCAAAAUAUCCAGUUUGUGUUCAGUAUUUCUAUAAACAACGGAAUGGAACAAAAAAUUAUUUUUGUAAAUAUUUUUGUCUAAUGUGUUAUGGGAUGAAAUAUUUAAAGUGUUAAAAAGUAGAAGCCUUCCAAAACUAAAAAAAAAAAAAAGAGGAAGUAUAAUAAACAUGCUGGAAAAGCAAAACUAGCAGGCAAGUGAAAAAGAAUUUGAGGCGCAUAUUGCUAAAAGAAGGAAUUCAACAAAGCACUAUGGCAAUAGUUCUGUCAGCACAAACAUUUCAGUUUGCCAGACAGAACAAUACCCCCUAUCUUUCCCCUGCAUGUUAUUCUGGGGUUUCUCCCAACACUCCCCCUGAGCCAGCUGGAGGGGCAGUGGAAGAGGCAGAAAAGCCCUGUUUUGCUAGCUAGCCACUUGUGGGGGCCUCCAUUAGUGUGACAUGUUAGUUGAAUCCCACUCAAAACAAUGAACAGAACACUGAAGUACAUUAGAGACAGGAAAAUAGCCAGGGUGAUAUUUGAAUCAUUACAUAGCAAAGAUACAGUAAAACAGGAUUACUAAAGAAAGGUAGAGAAAUUAAUUCUAUUAUUUGCUUUGAACUUCAGUGUGGAAGAUGGUGGGCAGGUGCUAUGUCUGAUUCCCCCACUGACCCCAAGAAGGGUAUCUGAAAAACAAAGCUAAAUAGAAGUGACGAAAACUGAAGUUGUAGAACUAUCUACAAAUCACUGGGUCCAAUUGAAUAUUUUCUAACAAAAAUAUUAAAUUUGUUUAAAAUUCAGCUGACAGGAAGGUAACUAAUGAAACACUGAUUUGUAAAAGGGUUUAAGAGGAAAGGCCAUUGCCUUAAAUAUAUUAGAGCUAUUAUUAUGCAACAUAGAAGAACAUGCCUUGCUGAGAGAGAAUCAACAUGGCUUCUCCAAAAGGGCUUUAAAUUGAACCUAGAAACAGCUGCUCUGGACUUUAACAGGAACCUGGAAACAAAUGGGUAACCAGUGCAUUUGUUUUCAUCCUUCUGCCUCGCCUUCAUUCUGGAUGCUUCAAGUAAUUGGGUCCCAUAAAAUGUCAUAAUUUCUAAUGUGGCUAUUGUGGUAAAGUGAUUUGGGAGGGGGUGAGUGGGGGCACUGAUAGAGCUCCUUGCCAGAGACACAAGGGACCCUAGGUACACCUUUGUAAGUACCAGUGCUGCUAAAGCUUUACACCAGUAUUUAUUUAUUUCUGGAAAAUAAAUAGUGAAACAAUUCCCCCCACCCAAAUCAACAAUGCAAUGAAAUUUUCUAGUGCUUUCCAACUGUUUCUGUCUAUUUGAUACUGCUAUCUCCAAUGUGAGUAUACCAUACAGUGGUAUAAUCAUUAUGGCAGAUGUAAGAGCCUUUGUAGCAUGUUAAUAGCCCCGCUAAGUUUUGGGUUUGUUUAUCACUGAUAUAGUAGUUCUUCCUGUUUUAUGAUCUAUGUUUUUAAUUGUGGUUUUAAUUAACUGUUAUAUCCUGACCUGGGGUUGCUUUGUAAUGAAGGGCAGGCUAAAAAUAUUUUAAAAUAAACAAAUUGGUAACACCUGAA